AUGGCCUCUAUUCGCGUUCUUUCCUUCGAUGCUGAGGGCCGUCCCGUGCAGUUCACUUCCUGGCUCGACGACCUGCAGUUGUAUCUUAUGAGCAAUAGCACGGACCACAUCUCCCUCUAUGACUACGCGUCUGGUGCUGCCGCUGCUCCUGCUGCCACAGCCGAGCUUAGUGUUCGUUCCCACUGGCAGACUCGUGACGCAGCUGCUCGCCUAGCCAUUCGCAGUCACCUGCCGCUAGCUGAGCUCGAGCAUUUUGGCGACUGCAAAUCCGCUAAGGCCCUGUACGAUGCUGUCGUUGCUCGCUACUCCUCGCCUGCCACAGCCGAGCUUAGCCGCCUCAUGCUGCCGUACCUGUUCCCCGAUCUGUCCACCUUUGCUACAGUCGCCGAUCUUAUCACCCACCUUCGCACUAGUGAUGCUCGCCUGCGUGCCGCCCUUCCCACCGAGUUCUGCGCUAAGAACCCCCCUCCACUGUACUGGACACUCCACUUCAUAGUCACCCGUCUCCCUGACACCCUCAGCUCAGUUCGAGACCACUUCCUUGCUCGCUGUCCCACUGAGCUCACAGUCACCCUCCUAGAGGAGCAGCUGCUCGCGGCCGAAAAGAGCAUUGUAGCUGUCGGUGCUGCUCGUGGCGCUCCUCGCACCCCCAUCUUUGAGGGGUGUUCUCCCUCUCCCCUCGCUCCCUCCUACGCUACUGCUGCUGCUGUUGACUUCCUUGGUGCUGAGUCUGCUGGCGCUGCUUCUGCUCCUGGUGGGAGGCGCCGCACCGGCAAGGGCAAGGGGGGCAAGGGUGGUGGUGGUGGCGCUGGGGGGGGAGGAGGUGGGGGAGGUGGGGGGGGAGGCGGUGCUGGAGGGAGCGGUGGCGGGAGCGCUGGUGGGAGUGGGGUCGGCGGUGGAGGCGGGGGCGGCGGAGGGAGCGGUGGCGGUGGUGGCGGCGGCGGCGGUGGCGGCGGCGGCGGCAGUGGCGGUGGCGGCGGUGGCGGUCGGAGCGGUGGUAGUGGUGGCGGCGGAGGUCGGAGUGGAGGCACUGGCUCGGGCCAGAGCUCCCAGCAGCAGCAGCGUCCCCAGACGACCCAGCAGCUUCGUGAGUGGCUUGCUCAGCGUGGGACGUCGGGGGGCAGUGGCCGCUGUUCUUAUGUCAUUCGCACAGGUGACCGCAAGGGACAGACGUGUGGGAGGUUCCACACCCCGUACCGCUGCUUCUCCCGCCUUGACGACGCUUGGCGUGAGGAGAUGGGUGCGGAUGUUGAGCGCCCCCGCUGGGCUGAGCUCAUGAGGGCUGGUGUUGAUGUCUUUGCUCUUGACUAUGAUGCUAUUAUUGCUGCCAUGUAUGCAUUGACUGUUAGUGCCGAGGGAGACUGUUACUUGUGUGUGCCGCCUGACCCAGGUAUAGAGCCCGCUGCCCUGGGUACUAGUGAGUCUGCUCUCUCAGGUACAGCACCCACAGAGACUGCUCUCUCAGGUACCGCACCGGCUGAGGCCUGUCACACCUUCACCCUUGACUCAGGUGCUUCCCGUUGCUUCUUUCGUGACAGUACUGAGCUCACACCGCUUCCUGCACCGGUCCCAGUCUCCUUGGCUGACCCCUCUGGGGGCCCAGUCCUUGCCCAGUCCACCACUGUCCUCCCUUGUCCGGCGGUUCCGUCUGGCUCGUUGUCGGGUUUCCACCUCCCCUCGUUCUCGACGAACCUGGUGAGCAACGCUGUCAUCCAGGAUCAGUGGGUUGACACCUUUACCCCUGGAGGACAGCGUGUGGCGAUCUGCACGUGCUCCAGGACCGGCCGUCACCUGGCUACGUUUACCCGUCGGCCGGGGUCGAGUCUCUACACACUGACCACUGCGUCUCCUCAGGUCGCUGCUGUCGGUCAGGUGUCUGCGUCAGGUCUGGUAGCCCACGCCUGUGAGUGUCGUUCCCUGUCGCACCAGACUCUUCUCUGGCACCACCGCCUGGGUCACCCCUCCUUGCCACGCCUUCGUGGCAUGCACCGUCGCCACCUUGUGUCUGGUCUUCCCAGGUCCCUCCCUCCCCUCCCUGCCUCGCCUGCGCCGCCUUGCCUUCCUUGCGUUGAGGGGCGGCAGCGCGCCGCUCCUCACUCCUCCUCGUUCCCCCCGACAGAGGCUCCUCUGCAGACCCUCCACCUGGACGUGUGGGGCCCAGCCCGCGUUCGUGGCCAGGGCGGUGAGCGGUACUUUUUGCUGGUUGUCGACGACUACUCGCGUUACACCACGGUCUUCCCCUUGCGCACCAAGGGUGAGGUCCCUGCUGUUCUGAUCCCUUGGAUCCGCACAGUUCGUCUCCAGCUCCGCCGCCGUUUCCGGACGGAUCUUCCUGUCCUGCGUCUGCACUCUGACAGAGGUGGUGAGUUUUCCUCCGAUCUCUUGAGGACCUUCUGUCAGGCGGAGGGCAUCGAGCAGACCUUCACGCUUCCGGACUCCCCGCAGCAGAAUGGGGUUGCUGAGCGCCGCAUUGGCCUGGUCAUGGAGGUCGCUCGUACCUCCUUGGUCCACGCGGCGGCUCCCCAUUUUCUGUGGCCGUUUGCUGUCCGGUACGCCGCGCAUCAGCUCAACCUCUGGCCCCAUGUCUCCUUGCCGGAGACCUCGCCCACACUGCGUUGGACGGGGGAGGUUGGCGAUGCGUCGCGCUUCCGGGUGUGGGGUGCUCGUGCCCUUGUCCGCGAUACGUCCGCGGACAAGCUCUCCUCCCGCACGCUUCCCUGUGUCUUCCUUGGCUUUGUCCCUGACGCGCCUGGCUGGCAGUUUUACCACCCCACCUCGCGCCGGGUCUUCGCCUCUCAGGAUGUCACCUUUGACGAGUCGGUCCCUUUUUACCGUCUCUUCCCCUACCGCACUGCCCCCCUCCCUCCCCCGCCGCUUUUCCUUGCUCCUGGUCCCCCUCCGGUAGACCCCCUUCCCCCUCAGGGUCCUGCUCCUUCAGGUGUCUCUCAGGUAGACCCUCCUCCCGUCGCUGAGCCUGUCGAGGUCACAGGUGACUCAGGUGCUGCUGCAGGUGGUACUGCUGGGAGUGCUGAGCCUGGGGGUGCUGAGCCUGCGGGUGCUGGGCCUGGGAGUGCUGGGACUGCGGGUGCUGGAGCUGAGGGUACUGUGCCUGAGAGUUUGCCGCCUGGGGGUGCUGAGCCUGGGGGUGCUGCGACUGAGGGUGCUGAGCCUGCGUGUGCGGAGUCUGGGGGUGCUGAGUCUGGGGGUGCUGAGCCUACGGGUACUGAGCCUGGGGGUGCUGCUACUGAGCCUACGGAGCCUCGGGUUACUGCGUCUGGGGGUGCUCCGGUUCGGGGUGCUGAGCAGUCUCUCACACCGCAGCAGCUUCGUGACUGGUACGUCCGGCGCUUUCGCCGUCCUAGUGGCUCGGCUGGAGUUGGGGGUACUGGAGCUACCGGGACUGGUUGUUCUGGGAGCACUGCGACUGGAGCUGCUGGAGCUGGGGACUCUGGCGCUGGCGGUGCUAGCGGAGUUGGAGCUGCCGACUCUGGGGGUGGCGCUGCUGCUGGUGCUGCGGACCCGCCUGGUGGAGCUGCUGCUGGAGCUGAGGACCCGAGCGGUGGCGCUGCUGCUGGUGCUGGGGACCCGGACGUUGGAGCUCCUGCUGGUACUGAGGACCCGGCCGCUGGAGUCUCUUCUGCUUCUGGAGCCGCUGCGCGGCCGCGACCGUACUUCGUUCCGCUCCUUCAGCAGGUUCUUGGGCAGGCUCCUCCUCCUUGUCCUCCUCCCUCCGUAGAGUGUCCUCCGCCUGUCCAGCCGCAGUCACAGUUACCGCCUGCCUCGCCUCUCCCUGCUCCCUCUCCUUACACUGGUCCCACAGGAGGUCUUACAGAGCGUCGUGAGCCUGAGUCUCGUCCUGCGUCGCCUGUUCGUCUUGCUCGCACUGGUAGUCGUGUCCGUCGUGAGCGUCCUCCUCCUGUCCCAGGCACUCACUACAUGACUCUGCGUCCCUCUACUGCUCCUCGGCGUGUCCCUCUACCGUCUCCUCCUGCGUCCUCUUUGCCUGCCAUUCCGGACCCUGAGUCUGACCGGUAUCGCGCUGAGCACCCUACAGUCACGCGUCUCCUAGCUACUGUUGUCACUGACCCUACCUUUGAGUCCUCGGCUGCGUCUGCUCUGGUCGCUGAGUUGGUUGCCUUUGCUGCUGCCUGUCGUCUAGACUACGCUGCUAGCCUUGUUGCUGAGCCUGCGUCUGCGUCUGUCUGUCCUCCGUCCGUCGGGGGUGAGUGUGCUCUUGGCACGGACGUCCUUGAGGACAGGCAGGAGGACUUUGACUCUCUUGCGGCUGCUGUACCUCAUCUCGUGGCCUGGUUGCUUGCCCCUGAGGGAGACCCGGAUGCACUAGACAUCCCCACUCCGCGCACUUACGCAGAGGCGAUCUCGGGUCCCUACUCCUCUCAGUGGCAGACAGCCAUGGACGCAGAGAUGGCAUCCUGGAAGUCCACAGGCACCUACGUCGACGAGGUUCCCCCUCCUGGGGUGAACAUCGUCGAUGGCAUGUGGAUUUUCAGGAUGACCACUCUUCGGGUUCUGCUGCACGUUGCUGCUCAGCGUGACUACGAGCUUCACUCUCUUGACUUCAGCACAGCGUUCCUGCAGGGCAGCCUGCACGAGGAGAUCUGGCUGCGCCGCCCACCUGGCUUUACUGGGUCGUUUCCCCCUGGUACCCAGUGGAGUCUCCGCCGGCCAGUCUACGGUCUCCGCCAGGCGCCACGUGAGUGGCACGACACACUGAGGACUACACUUGCGGCUCUUGGGUUCGCGCCGUCUACUGCUGACCCGUCGCUGUUUCUGCGCACAGACACGUCGCUGCCGCCGUUCUACAUUCUCGUGUACGUCGACGACUUAGUCUUUGCUACUGCUGACACUGAGGCACUCGCUCGUGUGAAGUCGGAGCUGCAGAAGAGACACACCUGCACUGACCUGGGUGAACUGCGUAGCUACCUUGGCUUGCAGAUCACCCGGGACAGAGCUCGCCGCACCAUCACCCUGACUCAGUCACACAUGGUGCAGCAGGUCCUUCAGCGCUUCGGCUUCCAGUUCUCCUCACCACAGGCCACACCUCUGGCUACCAGCCACUCGCUCUCAGCUCCACCUUCGGACGAGUCCGUAGAGCCGAGUGGCCCGUACCCAGAGCUUGUAGGCUGCCUCAUGUACCUGAUGACUUGCACGCGCCCUGACCUCGCGUACCCUCUUAGCAUCCUUGCUCGUUACGUUGCGCCUGGGAGACACAGGCGAGAGCACUGGGAGGCUGCUAAGAGGGUGCUGCGUUACUUGUGCAGUACAUCAGGCAUGGGGCUGGUGCUUGGAGGACGCGACAGAGUUGUCCUCACUGGUCACUCGGACGCUUCUUGGGUGGACGACCUGGCUACGCAGCGGUCGUCACAGGGUUACACCUUCAGCCUUGGCUCUGGUUCUGUCUCGUGGCGGUCCACCCGCUCUUCCUCUGUUCUCGGCUCUAGUUGUGAGGCUGAGAUCUACGCCACAGCCAUGGCUGCACAGGAGUUACGCUGGCUCACCUACCUGCUGACUGACUUGGGAGAGCGGCCUAGUUCUCCUCCAGUUCUGUACGGUGACAACAAGGCGGCUCUUGCCUUGUGUCAGGAGCACAGACUGGAGCACAGGACGAAGCACAUUGCUCUUCGCUACUUUCUUGCUCGAGAGCUUCAGCAGCGCGGUCAGCUUCGGCUUGUGUACGUGGACUCGAAGGCCAACACUGCUGAUAUCUUCACCAAGGCGCUCCCGCCUAGUGAUCAUCAGCGGCACUGUACUUCUUUAGGCCUUGUGUCCACGUUUCCUCACUUGCUCACUGCUUGA